ACUGUAUGCCUGUGUCUAGUUGGAAAUGUUGGAGAAAACAGUUAGGUGUAACCCUUAGCCAUGUGAUUGCGAAAGUCAACGUUUUUCGAGUUAUAAAAGUUGAAAUUUUCAUGUAUUAGACCGAAUUUCCGAGUGAUGUUAACGGACACGGAUAUAUCGCAACGAGUUUUAUUAAUUCUGUUUAUAUUUUAUCGUUGCGAUGGCUUCAAUUUGGACUUGCAUUCGCCAGUUAUUCAUCGAAGUCAUCCCGGUACCAUGUUCGGUUUUUCGGUUGCGUUACACAGAAACAGAGGUUAUAGUUGGUUACUAGUUGGUGCGCCUCAGGAUCAAACCGAUCAACCGGGUGUAGUGAGGGGUGGUUCAGUAUAUCGAUGCAGCACAAUAUACUCAGAUUCCUGUGAACAUAUUCACUUCGAUACCGCUGGUCACGGUAAAAUAUUUUAUCUCAGUCAACCUAAACAAACAGAUGAUAAAUCUAACCAAUGGUUCGGUGCGACUAUCCAUAGCUCGGGGGAAAACGGAGUUAUUGUGGCGUGUGCACCUCGUUACAUCUACUUCUCGUCAAAUUUAAAGAGAAGAGAACCAAUCGGUACCUGUUGGGUAGCAAAAUCGGAUUUUUCUGAUUUUAAAGAAUAUUCCCCUUGCAGAACGUCUGCAUGGGGUUAUCAUCGUCAAGGUUCCUGUCAAGCAGGAUUUUCUGCUGUUGUAUCUAAGGAUGGUAAAAACUUAUUUAUCGGGGCAGUCGGCAGCUGGUAUUGGCAAGGCCAAGUUUUCUCGCAGAGUGUACUCGAUAAACAAUUAUACAGCACCAACGAAGCUCCAGAUUAUAACGACGAUAGUUAUUUAGGUUAUUCAAUAUGCAGUGGAAAAUUUAGUAAUGGUAGUGGUUAUGAUGUAGCAGUAGGCAUGCCAAGAGGUAACAACUUAACUGGAAAGGUUUUGUUGUUCAACUCGACUUUGUAUAUAUUACAAAACAUUACCGGCGAACAAAUUGGUUCUUAUUUUGGUUACUCUGUUGCAACUGCGGAUAUCAAUGGCGAUGGGUACGACGACGUGGCGGUGGGAGCUCCUCUCUACUCGGAUAUGACGUCGAAAGUCGGCGACUACGAAAACGGCCGGGUCUACGUCUACCUGGGCCAACGGGUACGUAAUUCCUUUCUACACCGGGUGGUGGAUGGCGAAUAUUCCAGAGGACGAUUCGGUCUGGCCCUGGCUUCCGCCGGCGACUUGAAUAUGGAUUCCUAUCAAGACCUGGCGGUGGGUGCCCCAUACGGCGGCCCGGACGGCGCCGGCGUGGUUUACGUCUAUCACGGAAGUAAAGAAGGAAUAGUAAAGGAACCGUCACAGAUCAUUGCCGCCCAGCGCUUCCCCUUCCCGCUUUCUACCUUGGGAUUUUCUUUGUCCGGUGGAAUGGAUUUAGACAAUAACGGUUAUCCCGAUCUGUUAAUAGGAGCCUACGAAUCCGACUCAGUUUUGUAUUUAAGAUCUCGUCCCAUUGUCUCGGUGGACGCCAGUCUAAAAAUCGAUCCGGAAAAUAUUAAUUUAGAAGAAAAACGAUGUAGCCUGAAGGACAGGAGUUUGGUGUCUUGUAUGGUGGUCUCUUUCUGUCUAGAAUUCACGGGGAUAAACGUAAAUCCUAAUUUGGGUUUCCUAUACGAGAUGCAACUGGAUGCUUAUAAGGAGGUUCCCCGCGUUUACUUUCUGGAUAACGAAAAUUACAGCCAACAGAAUGUUUCCGUCAGAUUAAGGAAGAAUUCUCUAUACUGUAAGAGCAUAUACGCCUACGUCGAGACGGAUAUUAGAGAUAAAUUAAUACCCAUUACGGUUCGAGUUAAAUACGGCUUACUACAACAACCGCCCUAUAGAGAAGAGAUAGCGCCCGUUUUAAACCUGGCCAUUCCCUCUGUCUUGACCAAACAGACGUCGAUAAGGAAGAACUGCGGAAAAGAUAACGUCUGCAUACCAGACUUACAGAUUUCCGUGUCAGCAAACACGGAUGUAUACAUGAUCGGAAGUAGGAAAAGAAUUGAUUUAGAUGUUACGAUUGUAAAUACCGGUGAAGAUGCCUUCGAAACUACAAUGUAUCUGCUCAUGCCUUUAGACAUAAAUUAUAUAAAUAUCAAUAAAAAUAGAAAUGCCAAUUAUGUCAGCUGUACAGAUGCUCAAACGGAUCUAACGACAACUAAUGACAUACUAUGCGAUAUCGGUAACCCUCUACCUGCUAAUAAUACAGUUCACUUUACAGUUUUACUCAAGCCAUCGCGCAUCAUCACCAGCUUAUCAGAUUUUGUUUUCUUGUUUAUUGUCAACAGUACAAACGAAGAAUUAGAGGAAACAAUAAUGGACAAUCGAGAAGAAUUAAAGAUUCCACUUCAAGUUAAAGUAGAAGUUACUUUGAACGGCAUUUCGGACCCUAAAGUGAUCCAAUAUAAUAGUUCGGAGAUAACACCAGUCGAUAAAAUUACCGAAAGCGAUGCAGGACCCGAAGUCACGCAUAUAUAUGCCUUUGGAAAUCGCGGCCCGAGCACUAUACAAGAAGCGGAAGUAAACAUAUUAUGGCCAACUUAUACACUGUACGGAAAACACUUGCUGUAUCUGAUGGAACAGCCCCAAGUGAAAGGAAACGGAAAAUGUCAACAAGUGCCAGACAUUAAUCCACUUUCUCUACAAAGUGAAAGUAAAAAAGCAAAAGAUGUAAAAUCCGGUAACGAAUCCAGCAUCAAACAAGAGUUAAUACAAUGGAAACAGAAGAGAGAAACAGCCGAUCAACGGGGGGAGGAUCCUUACAUUAAAGAAUUGAUCUGUGAGCCGACACUCUGCACACGUUUUCGAUGCACGAUCUACGAACUGGCCGAAAACGAACACGUCAUCUUCGUUAUUCGUUCGAGACUGUGGAAAGAUACCAUCGAUCAGCUAGGUUUUAGCGAUGUGCAAAUUUCGUCCAAAUUAGUGACCAGAAUAACGUCCUUACCGUACGACGUGGAGACGUCUUCGUAUCCUUAUAAAGUGUAUUCCAUAUAUACCAGAUUAAAUUCCGAAGAGAGCGACGUAUCGUUAAGGCCUGUACCCCUAUGGAUUUUCAUCUUAGCCGUGACAUCCGGUUUAUUACUACUGGGUUUAUUAGCUCUACUACUGUGGAAGUUCGGAUUCUUUCGACGAAGAAGACCUCGAAACGAAUUAUUAGACGAAGAGCCCUUGAGGAGGUACGAAAAGAACGGUUACGUGUGGUCGGCCGAAGACGUUAUGUUGUAAAAUACGAAGGAUGUGUCAGAACGGGUGAAAGUUCUCCGCCGUCGAUUUAAACAUUCCCGGUAAUUUAAAUCGAAUCUAUUUUUGAGAUUAUGUGAUAAAUGCUCCAUCGGAACACUUUACCGCAGAAGAGAAUCCGUACCGUCCCACGAAGUUAACUUAUCCCGACGAAAAUAAUCAAUAAAUAAUUUUUUGUUUUUUAC